UUCAUUCAUUUUUGUGCCAAGUGGACUUAACUUUCAAAUUGCAAUCAGGGGUGGAUUAACCAGUAAGCAAGGAACACAGGGGCUUGUGUUUAGUUACUAAUCUGUAGCGCACAGUUUCACAAGGCUUUAACCACAUCAAAAAUAUGGUGAAAAAUAGAUGAAAUUGUGUACUACAGAUUAGUAAAUAACCACAAGUAAGCUCCUGUGUACCUUGCUUAUUAGACAAUUCAUCCCUGACUGCACUUCAACUAGAAGAAAUAGACAAGGAGCUACAAAUCAACAUUCUCUCCCCAAAAUUCUUAAUAUUGGUUAUAAAAAUAAUUUUAAUCUAAUAAUUCUUAUUUUUUUAAUUCUUAUGCAGAUAUCUUAAAAAUUAAUUUUAUCUACAGCAGUUUUCAUUAAUGCUCUACUUCUCUUCUUAUGCCUCCAGGUCAAAAUCAACCGUAAUGGAUGAAGAUAACAGGACCUUGUUUAGUGGCUUUACCCUCAUUGGGCUCUUCCCACACAAUAAAGCCUCAAGCUUCCUUUUUAGUUCCAUUUGUGCCAUCUUCUUCAUGGCCAUCGUAACUAAUGGGGUCAUGAUCUUCCUAAUCCACAUAGAUCCUCACCUCCACACUCCCAUGUACUUCCUACUUAGCCACCUCUCCUUCAUUGAUAUGAUGUAUAUCUCCACGAUUGUGCCCAAGAUGCUGGUUGAUUAUGUUUUGGGAAAGGGGACCAUCUCCUUCAUUGCUUGCACAGCCCAGUACUUCCUCUACAUGGGCUUUGUGGGGGUAGAAUUCUUCCUGCUGGGGCUCAUGGCCCAUGACCGCUAUGUAGCCAUCUGCGCCCCACUCCACUAUCCUGUCCUUAUGAGCCGACGGGUCUGUUGGAUAAUCUUGGCGAGCUCUUGGUUUGGGGGUGCUUUGAACAGUUUCCUCCUCACCCCCCUCACCAUGAGCCUCCCAUUCUGCGCCUCCCACAAGAUCAAUCACUUUUUCUGUGAGGCUCCCACCAUGCUGGGACUGGCGUAUGGCAACAAAGCUGCCUAUGAAAUGGUGAUGUAUACCUGUUGUGUCAUGAUGCUGCUUAUCCCCUUCUCCAUGGUGAUUGCUUCCUAUGCCCAGAUUCUCAUCACUGUGCAUCAAAUGAAGUCAGCAGAAGGGAAGAAGAAGGCCUUCACCACCUGUUCUUCGCACAUAAUGGUGGUGACGCUGUUCUAUGGGGCCGCUUUAUACACUUACAUGCUUCCUCAGUCCUAUCACACCCCAAUCAAAGAUAAGAUCUUCUCUGCCUUUUACACCAUCCUCACCCCCUUGUUAAACCCCGUAAUCUACAGCCUGAGGAACAGGGAUGUGACAGGGGCCUUGAGAAGGGUUUUGGCAAGAUGUAAUGGGGCCUGUGGUGAAACAAAGGAAUAGCUAUGACUGUCUGAAUUCUUUACACCUUGUCAAGGGAGUGGGGGUUCUAUUAUUUUAGGUAUGGAUAUUGUGGACAAUGCAGGAAGCAACCACCAAUGCCAGCUGUGUUAAAACGUAUAUCAGCAGUACUUUCAUCAAAAUUUGUCAAAAAUCUAAAGUCAUCAGAACAUUUACACAUGAAUAAUGCCAGUGUUCCAUAAACACCACUGAUGUUUAUUUCUUCUUUGCUUUCCUUCAUUCCAAUUCUUCUCUUAUACUACUUCUCUGUACUUAUAUAUAUUGUUCCCCAAAUAUCUGGUUAUAAUUAUAUACUUUUGCCACCUUUAGUGGGUGUUUAGCCUCACAGAAACUGACUAUCCAAGUGAUUUUGAUCACAUUGUUUAAACUCUCCAUCGAUAAAGUUUAUGGAAGUUUCAGGGAUAUAGAAAUUUGAAGUACAUAGAGACUGAACUGGCAUAAACCUCAAAGGGAAUGUCUCCAUAGAGUUACACCAAGCCUUAGAAUAUUCAGAUAUCCCUUCUUUGGGUAGAAAAUGAAAACAUUCCUCUUUUAUCUCAAUUUGGAGGUAGAAACAAAAUGAGUCACAUGUAUUUUGCAGAAAUUAAAUGGCUUCACCUAAAGGAGCAAGGAUUCUAUGAUGUUAUUUUUGUUGUGUUGCAAAUAACUGUUACUUUGAAAGACACAUUGAAGGGUAGAUGAGAAGGAAGUGCCCCAUAACUGGCAAGUUUCAGUAAUCACUUUAAAGCUCCUUUUCCAAGUCUUGAGGUUAGGUUUACCAUUAUUAGACUUCUCAAUUGUAGUGGGAAUAUUUACAUUAACUUUUCCUUCCAAAUAAGUAGUGAACAACACUAUUUUCUCUUUGGAAAAUAAGUAGACAGGCAGGCAGACAGGCAGAUAGACAGACAGACAGAUAGAUUGAUGCUGUCAAGUUGACUCUGAGUCAUGGCAACUUUAUACACAACAGAAUAAAACGUUACCCUUAGUCCUGCAUCAUCCUCACAAUCACUGGGGUGUUUGAGUCCAUCAUUGCAACUAUUUUGGCAAACCAUCUCAUCAAGGGUUUCCCUUUCUCUCUACUUCACCAAACACGAUGUCUUCCUCUAGUAAUUGACCCCUUCUUAUGUGUCCAAAACAAUCAAGUUAGACAAUGCUCUCUUGUGACCCAUAAGGUUUUCAUUGGCUGAUUAUCAGAAGCAGGUUUCCAGGCUUUUUUUUUUUUCUGGUUUUAAUCUGGAAGCUCCACUGAAACCU